CCGAUAACUGUCGAUAGGCGGACAGAGAACCAGAUGAUUGGCCUCGCAAUAAUGUAAAAAAUAAAUAAUUAGCUGUUUCCAAAUAAUCCAAAUUCCAAAUUUCUUGCGCUACGAUCCGCCGUGCGUGCAUAUGUCGCUGUGAUUGUGUCCGAGCAGAUUCGUGUCUCGUCCCCUUAGAAACUACAACUGGAAAACAAGAAGAAAAAAGAAAGAAAAAGCCCCUAACUGAAAAUCGAGUGAAAGUUUUCUCGUCUUUGUUUUGUAAUUGUGAUUUUCUUGCCUGCCAGCCCGCAUUACUGGCAAUAUUGGAUCGAACGGCUAUAACGAAGCUGCUGCGGGCGCGGGUGGCUGACGGUGAUUAUAGCAAUACCUAUAGCUAUUAUAGCGCUCGCGGGCCGAUUUCUUGGCCCUAUUGUGAUUGUGACAGCGCCAGUGUUAUAUAUUUAAAUCGACUCGAAUCGAAUCGCCGUCGUAGUCGCAGUCGCGUUUUCUGGGACUGCUGCAAAAGGCCUUGCGAAUUUCUGCGCCAGAGAAACUGUAAUUGGCUGGCUCCGCGCACAAAACGAUGUGCGAUACCAAAGACGAUGCGCAGAAAUGGAAAUGUGAAAUUUGCACCUACGAGAACUACCCAUCCUCGCUGAAAUGCACUAUGUGCCAGGCGUCGAAGCCCCUGCUCAACGAGGACAUCUUCCGUCUGAGUCCGGCCCAGGAGAGCAGCUCCGUUGCUGAGGAGGCGGCUGCCGUUGAAGUGGCUGUGAUGGCUCCCACACCCUCGUCCACAUGCUAUUCGCUCCAGCCGCAGAACCAGGCGCGGCAGAGUAACGUAGCGGAUAGUGAGAAGUGGCCUUGCAAGGUGUGCACCUAUCUUAACUGGCCGCGGAGCCUACGUUGCGUCCAGUGCUGCACGAAGCGUGGUGGUGAGGCUACCGAGCGGGGCAAGAAGGACAAGGCCAACGAGGCGGAUGCUGAUCGGGCAGGAGAGGCUCUACAGGCUCUUCGAAUCAGCGGAUCGGAGGAAAACUUAGCAAAUAAGCCAGCCCAGCUCAUCGGGGCCACAGCCUCCAAUCGCUUGAGCCUUAGUCCUGGCAUUGACGAUGCAACGCACCUGAACAAUCUCGCGAAUGCAUCCCAUAACCAGUCACAGUCCCAACACCGGCAGCCUGUCCACCAGCAGCAGAUGCAGCUCCAGUUGCAGCCACAACAGCAACGGGAAUCCUCCUCCUCCGCCGCCGUCCCGCCGCAACAGCAGAAACAGUGCUAUGUGGCCAAGUGGGCGUGUAACUCGUGCACGUACGAAAACUGGCCGAGGAGCAUCAAGUGUUCUAUGUGCGGAAAGACGAGGGAGAUCAGUGGGUCGCAGAAUGACUUACAUGCCUCCUCCAGCAUAAACAGCCAAGAGGAACAUCAGCAACAACAGCCGCAGCAAAACGUGGACACCGUCAGCGUCAACAACUCAUUCAACAAGAAGCACAUUUACCAACUGGGUUCCUCUGAAACCAUCAACAACUGUGAUACGCUACAAGAGCGGCAGGAGCGCCGUCAACGUCAAAUCCGGCGCCAGGUGGACUGGCAAUGGCUGAAUGCCUGCCUGGGCGUCGUAGAGAACAACUAUAGCGCCGUGGAGGCGUACCUCUCCUGCGGUGGCAAUCCUGCCCGCUCACUGACCAGCACCGAGAUCGCCGCACUCAACCGCAACUCGGCCUUCGACGUGGGUCACACGCUGAUCCACCUAGCCAUUCGGUUCCAUCGCGAAGAGAUGCUGCCUAUGUUGCUAGCCCAGAUCUCCGGGUCGGGGCCUGGCAUCAAGCGCGUGCCGUCCUAUGUGGCUCCUGACUUAGCGGCCGACAUUCGGCGCCACUUUGCCAACACCCUGCGCCUGCGCAAGUCCGGCCUCCCCUGCCAUUAUGUGCAAAAACACGCCACCUUCGCCCUUCCCGCCGAGAUUGAGGAGCUACCGAUCCCCAUACAAGAGCAGCUCUACGAUGAGCUCCUCGAUCGUGAUGCCCAGAAGCAGUUGGAGACACCACCGCCGGCUCUGAAUUGGUCGCUUGAAAUCACGGCGCGCCUCAGCUCCCGUAUGUUCGUCCUAUGGAACCGCAGCGCUGGCGACUGCCUCCUGGACUCAGCCAUGCAGGCCACCUGGGGCGUCUUCGAUCGCGACAAUAUUCUGAGGCGGGCACUUGCAGAUACAUUGCACCAGUGCGGACACGUGUUCUUUACUCGCUGGAAGGAAUAUGAGAUGCUUCAAGCUUCGAUGUUGCACUUCACGCUCGAGGACUCGCAGUUCGAGGAGGACUGGAGCACUCUUCUGUCGUUGGCCAGCCAACCGGGAUCAUCCCUGGAGCAGCUACACAUAUUUGCGCUGGCGCAUAUUCUUCGACGACCUAUUAUCGUGUAUGGCGUGAAGUACGUGAAGAGUUUUCGGGGCGAGGACAUUGGAUAUGCGCGUUUCGAAGGUGUCUACUUGCCUUUGUUCUGGGAUCAAAACUUCUGCACCAAGUCACCUAUAGCUCUUGGCUAUACGCGCGGCCACUUUAGCGCUCUGGUACCCAUGGAGCCAUUCACUCGCAUUGAUGGGCGAAGAGACGAUGUGGAAGAUGUGACCUAUUUGCCGCUGAUGGACUGCGAGCUGAAAUUAUUACCCAUACAUUUCCUCACACAGUCUGAGGUAGGCAACGAGGAAUCAAUGAUGCGCCAGUGGCUUGAUGUGUGCGUAACCGAUGGCGGAUUACUGGUGGCGCAACAGAAGCUUAGCAAACGUCCCUUGUUGGUCGCCCAGAUGCUGGAAGAGUGGCUGAAUCAUUACCGUCGUAUUGCACAAGUGAUAACGGCGCCCUUUAUUCGUCGCCCCCAAAUCACACAUUACUCCAGUGAUGGCGACUCGGACGAAGAGUAGAUGCGGCACAGAGGACACACAGCUUCAAAUUAGAUAUCUGAGCGUAUAAUUCAAUAUCCUUAUUUUUACUUUUGGCAAUAGAAAGCAGAUCUUGAGAUGAGAUGAACAAGUGCAGAUCCUACAUACUUGCACUGGCAGUUAGUUAAAGGAAACUAUAGAGAAUACAUAUGCAAGCAGUUGAAAAGUUGUAGUUGUAACUAAAUUGAAAGCAAACUAAAGGUUAAGCAGCAAAGUACGAAAAUAGAUUGAUCGACGUAUGUAUAUCAUAUCCGUUCCCAAUUCAACGUUCGUUGAUUUUAGUCAAAUUUAUUCACUUUGGGUCGCCGAGGCAUAAUAGACCAUAUAGUAAACGAAAUUGAAGCUAUACACUGGUAGAUCUAAUUACACUCACAUCUGAAACAAUCCAUUAAAUGAAUAUUUGGCCGAAAGGCAGAAGAAAAGAGAAUGUAGGCGGUGGAAUUCGUACACCUAUGUACGCGCUAGUUAAUGUGUAAACCCUUGGAUGCGGGCUUAAAUUAUUACAAAUCUCAAUGUACUAUUAAAUUUUAAAUGGGUGGCGAACACGCAACAUUAUUAAACUGCGGGUGAAUACGAAAGCGUCAUUGAAAUGUUUAUUGAUAGUUUUUAAAACACUUUUUGGAAUUAUUAUGAAUCAUUACACAUUCAUGCCUAUAAAUAUAAUAUAUAUAAUUAUAUAACAUAUAUAGAAAUCCUAUGGUUCUAGAAAGUUGAACAAAGGGCCAAUAACAUAAUGAAUUUUAUUCUAACUGUAUUAUAAAUGGAAUUUUAUCUCAUUAUUAUUUUUGUUAGUAAUGUUAUUACAAUUAUUAUUAUAAUUAUUACUACCUUUUAAGAAAGCUUAUUGUGCAAAUGUACACGCAAAACGCAUAAAAAAGAAAUCACUUAUUUAAAUAAAAGUUUUAAGUAAAGAUUUAAA